AUGCUGAACAAGACAGAGGUCCCUGAGUUCAUCCUCUUGGGCCUCACCACUAGCCAGGGACUGCAGCACUCCUUCUUCAUCUCCUUUCUCUUGCUCUACUUGGCCACUCUUGUGGGCAAUGGAGCCAUUGUGACCUUGGUGACGCUCGAGCCACGGCUCCACACCCCCAUGUACUUCCUCCUGGGGAACCUGUCCUGCCUGGACAUUUUCUACUCCACAGCCACCGUUCCCAAGAUGUUGACUGUCUUGCUCUUUGGCCAUCAGCCCAUCUCUUUUGCUGGCUGCUUGGCCCAGCUCCACUUCUUCCACUUCCUGGGCAGUACUGAAGCUGUGCUCCUGGCCGCCAUGGCUUAUGACCGCUACGUGGCCAUCUGCAGGCCCCUGCGCUAUGCCCUCCUCAUGAGCCCCCAGACCUGCCUGCUGCUGGCCAUGGCCAGUUGGUCCUCUGGUUUUGUGCAUGCCCUGAUGCACUCAGUCAUGACCUCUCAGCUGAGUUUCUGUGGUCGCAACCACGUUCAGCACUUCUUCUGUGACAUCAAGCCCCUGUUGAGUUUGGCUUGCAGUAGCACCAGCCUCAACAUGACCCUCCUCAAUGUUGUCACCACAUCUAUUGCUCUGGGCCCCUUCAUUCUCAUAGUCCUCUCCUACCUCUACAUCAUCUCCUCCAUCUUCCAGAAAGUCCAGAGACAGGAAGGAAGAUGGAAGCCCUUCUCCACCUGUACCUCUCACCUCAGUGUUGUUGUGCUGUUCUACAUACCAGUGCUCUUCAACUAUACACCACCCUCCUCAGGAAGCUCUCUGGAGAGGGGUGUGCAAGUGUCUCUCAUUUACAGUGCUGUCACUCCAGCUCUGAACCCCCUGAUCUACACUCUUAGGAACCAGGAGGUGAGAUCAGCCCUGAAAAAAAUACUGGGCCAAGAGAGAAGGCAGAGGCAAGAACCUUCUCUCAGGGGCAGAUGUGCACCUGCCCCAAAGCUGAUGAACCUCAAGCAGAAAGGUUUGCUGAGAGGCUUUGCUGCUGCAGCACUAAGGAGAGAAAAGCCUCACGGGGGACAGUAA